AUGGAUAUGCACAAGCGAAGCGAAGAAGUAGAUACAAGAUCGUCUCCAUCAAAUCGCAUCUUGGAUAUUCCAUGUAAGGUGUGUGGUGACUUUUCUUCGGGAAAGCACUACAAUAUAUUCGCAUGCGACGGUUGCGCUGGUUUUUUCAAGAGAACUAUUCGCAGAAAUCGAUUAUACAUUUGUAAAGCGAAAGCCGUAAACUGUUGUAUAAUAGAUAAGACGAGGAGGAACCAAUGCCGUGCCUGCCGCCUGGCAAAGUGCCAGAAAGUUGGGAUGAACAAAGAUGCGGUUCAACAUGAACGAGGGCCAAGAAAUUCAACAGUUCGGAGACAACUGCAAAUGCAAUUCGUAGAUUCACGUGCAAUGAUGCCCAUUUCCAAUUUAUCGCCACAAAUGACGCAAGGGCCUAGUUAUGCCAGCGGAAUUUCUUAUAUUAAUUAUCCGAGUCUCGUGCAACCUAUUCCAAGCACAUUUCCAUUAGCCUCUGCAGCUCAACCAGAACCUACAAUAAGUGAGAGAGCAGCUAGACUGCUAUUCAUGAAUAUAAAAUGGAUUAAGAGUAUCGCCAGUUUCACUUCACUGUCAAUGGAAGAUCAACACGUAUUAUUGGAGUCCAGUUGGAAGGAAUUAUUUAUAAUUGGAGCAUCGCAAUACCUCAACGUACAUUUCUCAGAACUGGUGCAAUCAUUGGAUAUGUCUAAACGCGACAAAGAGCAAGCGAUCGAGUUUAUUAAAGAUAUCAGUAACUUACAGAACGCCAUAUACGAAAACGCAAAGCUAAGAUUGGAUCCGCAAGAAUACGCGUAUCUCAGAGGUUUAUGUUUGUAUAAGGUGUUUUCUGCAGUUAAUGAUGGAGAACAGAAGAAUCGAUUUGCAAAUAAGAGCCAAAUAAUGGAUAUGUACAAUCAUACACACUUAUCAUUGCAGUUUUACAUCAGAUCGACAUAUCCGUAUCAGUUGAACCGAUUUAAUAUUAUUAUGGAUCUUUGGCAAUCUAUGGAGAAAGUAAAACCCACAAUUAUUGAGGAUCUUUUCUUCAGAGAUACCAUAGGCCAAAUAACGAUUGAACGUAUUAUAAUCGAUAUGUACAAAGCUCAAUAG